UCUUUUGUGAAGAAACAUCUUUCUCACUCACUUUGUUCACUCUUUCUCAUGCCUACUGAGAUAAAAGGGCUUCAACAUCUUGCUUGAAACAUCAUCUCGGCGUUGUAACUCCUCCGUUCUAAUUUUGCACUCUCGGCCACACCAGUUUUUGUGUGAAACAUCGUCGCGUCACAAUGCCUUUGGGUAAGACUAUGCCUGAGGUCAAUGAAGACAGCAGAAUCUUGGGCUACGACCCGUUGCUCUCUCCCCAAUUCCUCCAGAUUGAAGUUCGAGCACCUCCUCAUGCGAUCGAAACCGUCCGUUCCGGUCGCAACCAAGCCAUCGAAGUGAUCCAACAGCGCGAUGACCGCCUUCUCGUCGUCGUCGGCCCAUGCUCCAUCCACGAUCCCGAUACUGCCCUUGAGUAUGCACGAAGAUUAAAGGCCAUCUCCGAAAAGCUCAAGGAUGAUUUGUGUAUCGUCAUGCGCGCUUAUCUUGAAAAGCCCCGUACAACCGUCGGCUGGAAGGGUCUCAUCAAUGAUCCCGACAUCGACGGAUCCUUCAACAUCAACAAGGGCCUACGCCUGUCCCGUAAGCUCUAUGCCGACUUGAAUGGCAUGGGCAUCCCAAUUGCAAGCGAAAUGCUCGAUACCAUUUCCCCACAGUACCUGGCUGACCUUAUCUCGCUGGGUGCUAUCGGCGCCCGUACCACCGAAUCGCAGCUCCAUCGGGAACUGGCUUCAGGCCUGAGUUUCCCCAUCGGGUACAAGAACGGCACCGAUGGUAACUUAGGAAUCGCCAUCGACGCUAUCGGUGCAGCUGCACAUCCACACCACUUCCUCGGUGUAACCAAGCAGGGAUUGGCGGCCAUUACCAAAACAAGUGGUAACGAACACGGUUUUGUAAUCCUCCGGGGUGGUAACAAAGGAACAAACUACGAUGCAGAGAGCAUCGCAGCUGCUCGCCAGGAACUCCGAAAGAAAGGACAGCGCGAGAUCGUCAUGGUCGACUGCUCUCACGGAAACUCGAAAAAGAAUCAUCUGAACCAGCCAAUUGUAGCCAAGUGUGUCGCCGACCAGCUGCGUAAUGGCGAAGAGGCCGUCAUUGGUGUCAUGAUUGAAUCGAACAUGUAUGAGGGUAACCAGAAGGUUCCUCCCGAAGGACCGUCCGGCUUGGCCAAGGGUGUCAGCAUCACGGACGCCUGCAUCAAUUGGGAAAUGACAGUCGAUGUCUUGCAGGAUCUGGCCGACGCCGUUCGUACUCGCAGAAAGGUCCGUGGUGCCAAAGCCAAUGGAGUCAAUGGCACCUCCUAAGCGCAGACACACACAAAAAGUCAAAUGACCAGGGUUAAAAUCAAAAAAUCGAUAGAGGGGAUUCUUUUAGAAGCUGCAUUUUGUUUUUCUCUGUGCCUGCAUCUUUUUUUGUGUUCACCUUCCGUUCGGCCUGUUGUUCUCCAUUGAAACCAAAUUCUCCUGCAUGCGAAAAUAAUUUGUUUCUUGUCACGCACCGGACUCAUGAUGAUGACACUUACCUUUGGUUUCAAGGUUCAUAAUCUUUUUGACCUUUUUCUUUUUC